CGUAAUAAACGUCAAAAGUAACGUAAACAACAAAAAAAAAAAUUGCCUUGUAAACCACUUAAUUAAUAUUAAUUUAGGAAUCAUAUAAUUCUUUCUAAAAAAACACAUAAUGUCUGAAUUUGAACCUUUAGAACCAUCCCUUAGAAACAUUAUACAGCAAACAAGUCUCAAAUGGAUAUUUGUGGGGGGCAAAGGAGGUGUUGGUAAAACUACAUGCAGCUGUAGCUUGGCAGUGCAACUAUCAAAAGUACGAGAAUCUGUAUUAAUAAUAUCGACCGAUCCCGCCCAUAAUAUUUCUGAUGCCUUCGACCAAAAGUUCUCCAAAGUUCCGGGCCUCGUCAAUGGUUUUACAAAUUUAUUCGCCAUGGAAAUUGACCCCAAUGUGGGCGUUAAUGAGUUGCCCGAGGAAUACUUUGAUGGGGAAAAUGAAACUGUAAAAAUGAGUAAAGGUGUUAUCCAAGAACUCAUGAAUUCCUUACCGGGAGCAGACGAGGCGAUAUCUUACAGUGAAGUGAUGAAACUAAUAAAAAGCAUGAAUUUUUCUGUGGUGGUUUUCGAUACGGCCCCAACAGGGCACACCCUAAGGCUCCUCACAUUUCCACAAGUGGUAGAAAAAAGCCUGGGAAAACUAAUGAACUUAAAACAGAAAAUCGGCCCCCUUAUAACACAAUUAAGCAGCAUUUUUGGCCUUCAAGAUGUAAAUGUCGAUCAAUUUUCCAGCAAAAUGGACGAGAUGCUCAAUAUAAUAAUGCAGGUGAAUGAACAGUUUAAAAACCCGGAUCAGACCACUUUUAUUUGUGUGUGCAUAGCGGAAUUCUUGUCUUUAUAUGAGACCGAGCGGCUCGUUCAAGAACUGACUAAAGUGAAAAUAGACACCCAUAAUAUCAUUGUCAAUCAAUUGGUGUUUAAAGGCAAAGAUGAACCUCCGUGUAAAAUGUGCAACGCACGCAUUAAGAUACAGGCAAAGUAUCUGGAUCAAAUCGCGGAUUUGUAUGAAGAUUUUCAUGUGGUCAAACUGCCUCUGUUGGAAAACGAGGUUAGGGGUGCAGAGAAGAUUAAGACGUUUUCCGAGUAUCUUGUUAAGGCUUCUGUAUAGUAUUAGGGGGGUCACUUUGGUAGGUAUCGGGAUGUACAGUGAAGGAAAUUAUCCAGUAAGUCUUAUAUAGAUUUUUUUUUUGUGUAUUGUUGAAUUUUUGAUACUCCUUUAUAUCAUCUGAUUUGAAUGGAAAAGGCUCUUUUUGAGAUUAUUUUUUAUAACUUAAAAGCAGGAAGUGUUUAGUGUCAUAUAAAAAAAUUGUAUGCCCAACAUAUUGCGGGAACUUUAUUGUGUUUUUUUGCAUGUCACCAAGUCAGUUUUGUAAAUGUUCUAUGUAUAUUUUUUCUUCCAAGGUUUUAUUUAUAUUGUUCUAAGUUUAUUCUAUUGUACAUUUUGAUUUAGUAAUUGUUUUGUGUAAGUAUCUUUUUACACUCGAAAUUUAUUGAAAUUAAAUUAUUGUUAUUAUGA